AUGUCACCCAUUUCUCGACCCUAUGAUAAACAUUGUAGUAGACCUUGUUUAAAUUCAAUUCAAUGUCUUGUUACGUUAGAUGACUUUGACAUGUCUAAAGAGAAGACAGAAUUUGUACGUGCCGUAGAAGAAGCAUUUUUUAUUCUUGAUCGAAAUGAAAAUCGAUCUGUAGGAACAGAUGAUUUCAAUUAUGUGGCAAAAUCAAUUGGUCUCGAAUUAGAUGUCCAAGAGUCAGCUGAAUUAUUACGUACAGUAGUUAGGGAACAAACGGGUGAUGAACAUUCAUCUGGAUUAAAUAUCUAUGAAUAUCGUGAAUUAAUGCUGAGACAUGUUACCUCAUCAGAUUUAGACCUAGAAUUGAAGUCAACAUUUCAAUAUUUUGAUUAUGAUGGAGAUGGUUUGAUAACACAACACGAUUUAGAUAAUUUAAUAAAAUUUUUUGAUGUAAACGACAGUAAUGAAUAUCAACAAAUUCGACAAUGUGUAACACAAACCGGAAUGAAUUUUCAACAAUUUGUUAAAUUUAUGAUGCACGACUCGUGA